ACAAACGCAUCAUCAUCAUCAUCAAUGCCACUUAAGCUUUUGUUGUUUUGUAUAUAAACCCACAAAAGCUCUAACUGAACAAACUACAAUUCCACUCUAAAAAGUUUUUAUUUGCGCUUCCGUAAGUAUUUAUUUAUUUUCAAUCAAAAUAUCCAUUUUCAUUCAACAAACAAACUCAAAGAUCAGAGAAGAGCAUUGAAAGAUGAGAACUUUUCGAGAGAGAUUUGUUUCGUUUAUCAACAAUAGAUGGCUGGUGUUUGUGACUGCAAUGUGGAUACAAUCAUGUGCUGGGAUUGGGUACUUGUUUGGGAGCAUAUCGCCUGUGAUAAAGAGUUCAUUGAACUAUAAUCAGAGGCAGGUGGCGCGGCUCGGUGUCGCUAAGGAUCUUGGAGAUAGUGUUGGGUUUUUGGCUGGUAGCUUGUGCGAGGUCUUGCCUUUGUGGGGUGCUCUUCUUGUUGGUGCUCUGCAAAACUUCAUUGGUUAUGGUUGGGUUUGGUUGAUUGUCACUGGUCGGGCUCCUGCUUUGCCUUUGUGGGCUAUGUGCAUUCUUAUAUUUGUGGGAAACAAUGGCGAAACCUACUUCAAUACAGCUGCUCUGGUUUCUUGUGUGCAAAACUUUCCAAAAAGUCGGGGUCCUGUGGUGGGAAUACUGAAGGGCUUUGCUGGGUUAAGUGGCGCAAUUUUGACUCAAAUAUAUACUGUGAUCCAUUCUCCUGAUCAUGCAUCACUCAUAUUCAUGGUUGCAGUUGGACCGGCAAUGGUAGUUACUGCUCUAAUGUUCAUUGUCAGACCUGUUGGAGGUCACAGACAAGUACGACCAUCUGAUGGUUCAAGUUUCACAUAUAUUUAUAGUAUAUGCCUUCUGUUGGCGGCCUAUCUGAUGGGGGUCAUGCUGGUUGAAGAUCUAGUUGAUUUGAGCCACAGUGUGAUAAUAACUUUCACAAUAAUUCUAUUUGUUCUUCUUAUUAUACCCAUUGUGAUUCCUGUGUUAUUAAGUUUCUGUUUAGACGCAAGUGACCUGGCAGAAGAGGCCCUUCUACCCCAAGCAGAGAAACUAGGACCUGGAAAUUCUGAACAGGAGGUCUUAUUAAGUGAGGUGGAAGAUGAGAAGCCAAAGGAUCUAGACUUGCUUCCAGCAUCAGAGAGGCAGAAGCGAAUUGCUCAACUGCAAUCAAAAUUAUUCCAAGCAGCUGCAGAAGGAGCGGUGAGGGUUAAGAGGAGGAGGGGUCCACACAGAGGGGAGGACUUUACGUUGAUGCAGGCGUUAAUCAAGGCAGAUUUUUGGCUUAUCUUUUUCUCGCUUCUACUGGGUUCUGGGUCAGGGUUGACCGUGAUAGAUAAUCUCGGUCAGAUGAGCCAGUCUUUAGGGUAUGAUAACACGCACAUAUUUGUAUGUAUGAUCAGCAUCUGGAACUUUCUUGGCCGUGUUGGUGGGGGGUACUUCUCUGAGAUUAUUGUGAGGGAUCACGCUUAUCCAAGACCAGUGGCAAUGGCCGUGGCACAAUUUGUGAUGUCUAUUGGUCACAUCUUCUUUGCUAUGGGAUGGCCUGGUGCCAUGUACAUUGGCACUUUGUUAAUUGGACUUGGCUAUGGAGCCCACUGGGCAAUUGUGCCAGCUGCUGCUUCCGAGUUAUUUGGCUUGAAAAAAUUUGGGGCUUUGUACAAUUUCCUCACACUGGCCAAUCCUGCUGGAUCGCUUGUUUUCUCUGGUAUAAUUGCCAGCUCUAUUUAUGACCAUGAAGCAGAAAAGCAACAUCAACCCCAUCACCACCUGCAGAAUGGAGGGUCUAUUUUUGCAGGCAUGCUCCGGGUGGAUGAACCACUGAAGUGUGAAGGUUCCGUAUGCUUCUUCCUUACUUCCAUGAUAAUGUCAGGAUUUUGCAUUAUUGCAGUCGUGUUAAGCUUGAUUCUUGUACGUCGGACUAAGAUUGUCUACUCUCACCUCUAUGGAAAAUCUAGCACUUCACGCCUACAAACACUAAAAUAAGCUUUUAUAAAUGAGAGUACUUUCAUCCAUUUUAUGGCGAUGUCCGUGUACUCUGAUGAGGUUGUGCGAAAAUUUCUACAGUUUGUGUUGGUGCCUAUUAUGAGAAAGAUGGCAAAGGGAAGCACACUGUAAAAGAUUUCAAAAUUUUUUUAUUUCAUUUGUAAUGUGGUUGGGAGCUACCCUGUAAUUUUGGAAGAUUCGAUUGUUCAAAGUGUUGUACAAUAACACUACUCUUCUUCAGAAAAAUCUGUUGUGUUAUAUUUAUCAUAAUAUUUUGGUGAA